AUGGCGUCGAAAGACGAGACGCCUGAUAAUACCGGUGUGGGCAAUGCGAAGCUUUCGCUUGACGAGGAUGAGACUCUGAAGUAUCAGUUACUGGGCCCUUCUUUGACAAAGGCGGGUCAAGAUGCGGUUGACCAGCGAAAGGUAUCUGAAAUCAUCUACAAUGCGUCUAAAGGCUCUAAAUUCUUCAACCACGAGCAGAAUCGUGACAGGGUCCUGACCGUGAAAAUCGAGCGUAUCUUGAAAGAGAAAGCUCGUCUAGAAAAGAUGGACCUGUCGCACGAUUUGCGAAAAGCUGAUGAGCUGAUCAGUGAACUUGAAUCUACGCGAGAUUUAUCGCAGUAUGUCGUGCACGUUGACUGCGAUGCAUUCUUCGCCGCGGUGGAGGAGCUUGACCGGCCAGAGCUGAAGACGGUUCCCAUGGCAGUAGGCAAAGGAGUGCUAAGCACAUGUAACUACGAAGCGCGAAAGUAUGGAUGUCGCAGCGGGAUGGCCACGUUCGUGGCCAUGAAACUCUGUCCGCACUUGAUCUGCCUCCCUCAGAACUAUGAGAAAUACACCGCUAAAGCGCAGGAGAUCCGUGCGAUCUUCGCGCAAUAUGAUCCUCUCUUCGAGAGCGCGAGUAUUGAUGAGGCGUACCUCAACAUUACCUCUUAUUGCAACGAAAACAACCUGGAUCCGGAGGAAGCUGUCAGUCGCAUGCGCGCGGAGGUCUUGGAGAAGACGAAGAUUUUCGUCUCCGCAGGCAUAGCAGCCAACGCGAAGAUUGCGAAGAUCUCAUCGAACCGCAACAAACCGAAUGGGCAGUUUCGCGUGCCCAAUGACAGAGACGCCGUCAUGGAGUUCAUGAAGGAGCUACCGGUUCGCAAGGUGAACGGUGUCGGUCGUGUCUUUGAACGUGAACUUGAUGCGAUUGGCAUCAAGUCAUGUGGUGAUAUUUGGCCUCAGCGUGCGUAUCUGACCCGCCUGUUCGGUGAAAAGGCAUUUCAAUUUCUCAUCCAGUGCUAUCUUGGCCUGGGGAGAACCCAAAUCCAGCCCGUGGAGAAAUACGAACGAAAGAGCGUCGGCACGGAGCGUACAUUCAAUGAACUCGGAGACAAGCAAUUGCUACGGGGGAAACUCUGGGACACGGCGCAGGAACUGGAGAAGGACCUCGCUCGGAACGAAUGUAAAGGACGCACCUUGGUUCUCAAAGUCAAACUGGCUUCCUUUGAGGUGCUUUCGCGACAAUGUCAGCCCCCGAGGGCGUUGUCACUCGCCAAAGACCUUCACUCGUUUGCACUUCCGAUGUUGGCCAAACUUGAACGAGAGAUCCCGAACAUGAAGCUCCGACUCCUUGGGUUGCGCUGUACCAAUCUAGUAAGCACCAAGAAAGUGGAGGUCAACUUCUUCGGUCCACCAUUGAGGCCGAAAAGUCUAUCUGGAGAUUCACCGAACGCGACUACCGAGCAGGAAUUGAGCGCGGAGGAAGCCUUUGAGCAAGCCGCUCGCCAGGAAAGGCAGGAUGAUGCUCAUGAGUUGGAGAAACUCAGUCAGGAGCUGUGCGAGACCGAGAAGACGAAUCCAGCCGAACCCGAGCUUUGGAACUGUCCAAUCUGCUCGAAACCUCAGAUCGCAGAGGAUAGAGCGUUCAAUGAACAUGUCGAUUUCUGCCUGUCGAGGGAGACGAUCCGAGAAGCCGUUCAAGAUACCACCGAGGACUCUCCAGCUACUCCAUCGAAAAUAUCCGGACGGAAAAGAAAGGCGACAAAGGAGUCGUCGAAUGAAGUGCCUGAUCCACGACAAAAACGACUGUUCUUCACUUGA